GGCGGGGGCGCGGUAACAGGUGGCUCCGCAUCGCGGCAGGUGAAUCGUCGGACCAGCGCUCGCUCGGACUGGCUUUUUUUGUGCGCCUCGCGCGACCACGGGUUCCCCCGCUCGCUCGCUCGCUCGCUCCGCGUUCCCAUCGUCCCUACCAUUGUUUUCGCACUUUAUCUCGGUCCCGCGCACCCGCUCGCGUCUGCCUCGGCCCCGCGGAAGAUUCGCACCAGGGUGACCGAUCGACCAUCAGGUGAUCCCGGACUCCUCGGAUCAGCAGCAGCCCGUUCGCCAGCCCGACGAACGCCGCGUAUAUCCCCCCGUGCGGAGGAAUGACGUGCGCGACGACGCGACGUUGCGGCCGAGCGGCGCCCUGAGGUGAGGAGACCGUCGUCCACGUCCUCGAGGUGCCGCGAGGAGACGGAGGUAUUUUACGUCGAGGACGAGGUAUCCCGUCGCGUAUAUCCGCGUCGACGGCGCGCGCUCUCGAAUUCGGACGCAUGAAAGGUCGGGGCUGCGGUAAGAUCAAGAGCGAGACAAUGCCGCCGUCCUCGCACACCAACUGGACGAGGCCGUUGCUCAAGGGCGGACAGACCAUGCAGAUGCAGGCUGCCAGGCAGCAGCAGCAGCAGCCGACACCGACGACGGUGACGAUGGCGACGGCGGCGACGACGACGUCCUCGUUGGCUAUCGGCGCCGGAGCGCAGAAUCAAAACUUGACGGAGCAUCCGGCGACUCCGCUUGACAAGCGGAUCAAGGUGGUCCUGGUGGGCGACGGCGCGGUCGGCAAGACCAGCCUGGUGGUCUCGUACUCCACCAACGGCUUCCCCGGGGAAUACGUGCCAACCGCAUUCGACAAUUACAACGUGGUCGUAAACGUCGAUGGACAACCGCUGAAUGUGCAGCUAUGUGAUACAGCAGGCCAGGACGACUUUGACCCUCUGAGAUCGUUGUGCUACCCUGAGACAGAUGUGUUCCUAGUUUGCUUCAGCGUCGUAUGCCCCUCGUCUUAUCACAGCGUGGCUUCCAGAUGGAUCAAUGAAGUGCGGAAAUACUGUCCCAACGCUCCAAUCAUUUUGGUGGGGACGAAAAGUGACUUAAGAUCGGACGUAUGUUUGAUGCUGCAACUGGCGAGAUACGGUCAGUCGGCGAUCACCACUAUUCAGGGCCAUCAAUUGGCGCACAGGCUAGGCGCCGUCAAUUAUGUGGAGACGUCUGCGUUGACGCAACACGACCUCAAGGAGGCCUUCGAUCAGGCGAUAGUCAGUGCCCUCAAUACCCGGCGCGGAGGCGCCAAUUUGCUGUACCGGCGUAGGAAGCCGCCCCCGUUGUGGCGUAGAUGGUUGUGCUGCUGGGAACGGCCGACUCCGAGCGAGACCUAAACAAUUUUACUUUUAAGUGAUAGGUUCUAUACUUCUUUAGAAAUCCCUCUGUGAUCAUGGGCGGUCGCCCUCCUUUCCUGUCAGAGCAUCAUCAUGUCGUCCCCCCCCCCUCUCCCAAGUAUGGCAUACCAUACGCGGUUAGCUAGCGUUGAUCGUGGAUUAUCUCGUCGUAAAAAUAGAGCAGCUCGUACUUUGUUAUUUAGAUUUUAGACAGGACGCGACUAUUAAUAGAUACUCGCGCGAGCGAGAGUCGAGAGCAACCCUGUUACACGCCGACGCUUCAAUGCGUUUCAUUCAUUUCCAUUUGCAUCAUUCGUCUAACACGACAAAUUUUUGUAUGCACUUAAAAAUUUUUACACGUACGUUUUUCACGCGUUCUCACCAAAACUAACAAACUGCCAGAACAAAAUGCCAAUAUACGAUAUUAGCUUAGUGAAGUCGUACCGUGCCAGUGGAAGCAACGACGCCUAACGACUCGCGCAAAUGAACGAUCCGCGAUUUAAGGGUUGCUCGACGAUACACAGUAUUGCGGUACAGUUUACGAACGACACGAGUGACUUCGUCGGGAGCAAAACAUUAGUCGAAUUAACGAUUUCUGACAGACGGAAGCGGGCGAGUGCCGCCCUCGUAAAAUUCCUGAAAGCCGCGCACGGCAUAAUUUAUUGUAAUAUUAAUCGUAUUAAUCAUUAUUUUUGUUACUAGGCAUAAUUGGCUACUCGCUGGUUGUGAUUUUUCGUGUACGUAAUAUCCUUGCUUCAAUCGUCGCGAUAGAAAAUUCUUGCCCAUUCUCUCUCUCUCUCUUUCCUCCCUCCUCCCCCAGCCCUCCUCCUCUUCCUCCUCCUAUCCCACCGUCAAGGAUAUUAGGUGGCCCCUUUUUUUACGCGACCACCAUAGCGUAUAACAAUUGUAUAUUUUUUACUCGUUGCGACCUCUCGUAUAUAUACAAAUAUAUAUAUUUAUUUUUUAACAUCUUUGAUAUAUCGGUAUUUUAGGUAGAGUAACGGUAGCUUUAAUCGAACACUUUUUGCAGAUCGACGAUAUGAUCGUGACAUCACACACAUAGAAUUUAUAUAGCGUAUAAGCGAACCCCCGUUUCUAGUGACGGAACAAUGAUAUUUCGUAAAAUACGUUUUUCUUUUUAUAUAUAUAUAUAUAAUUAUAUAAGCGUAUGUGAUGUAGUAGCGUUUAUACGAGCGAUAUCAACCGAUAUAUGAGGAAUAUCAAAUACGAUAAAUUAGCGAGGAGGUAAAUUAGCGAGCACGACGCGCGAGGUAUAUUCGGCGAGCAUGACGGACGUACGUACUCGGGAUCGCUAGGAUCAAGAUUUGCUGUGAUCUUACUUGAAACUUUCUACCGGUAAUUCUCUACUGUGUGUUAUUGCAUUACGGAAUUGCAUAUGAAUUUAAGACUGCAGAAAAGGAUUUCGCAGACUCUGCGCAGUAGUCGUAGACUUGUAAUCUGCUGUAACACUUCAUCUCCAUCAUCACAUGACAUCAUCAAAAAUAAAUUGUAUAUAAGUAUUUAUUCAUCGAA